AUGCGAGGGAAAUGGCGGGCGAUUGAGCGGAGGCCUGCGACACAAGAUCUCAGUUCUCGCCUGUGUCGCAUCGAACAUGAGCUGAGCCUCCUGCGGGCCCCAGAGAUCCAGGGCUCUGAAAAUGCUCCUCGCGAUCAUAACCAGAGCAAUCCUCCACUCCAAGUCCCGACCUUCUCAGGAGAGACCUCUCUUUCUCACAACCUCACCGUAGUGGAAGGUCGGCUGGAGCAGAUGGGAAUGGGAUAUACAGGAGGAGGCUCCACUUCUCCGAAUCACCACACGGGGUCUCGAUUGACUCCGUCUCCAAAUUUACGCGACCACCCGAUGGAGCGCCGAGCGGGCAGCGUAAUCCAUAACUCCCUCGAAGCUCAUGGUAUCACACCAGAUCGAGAACUGUGGGACAGACUUAUAUGCAAUUUCCGCGAUGAGGUGCAUAUCCUUGUUCCAUUUUUGCAUCUUCCCAGUCUACAGGAGGCUUAUGCCGACGUGUGGGAACGCCUAUCUCACUGUCGACACAACAUCCAACCGGAUGGCCUUCAUUGUGUCCGAGUGGCCCACAUCCUGCUGUGUCUUGCAAAUGGUAGAUGCGUGGAGUCAUCACGAUCAGAUCGCGAAGAUCGGCAAUACUCUGCUGGUUGGAGAUUUUACAGUGCCGCACGGGAGAUCUUUGGAGACCUCCUUGACGGCUUCCACCAGUGCUCGAAUCAGAUACUCUCGAUGCAGACGGUGGUUUUGAUGGUCAUUUAUCUGUUCCGACUCGAUGCACAUGAAUCUGCGGAAAAGCUCCUCGCUCUUACCAUCUCGCAUAUACACCACCUGGGUCUCCAGAGACGUAGGGCGGUAGAUAGCAUGGCUCUCUUUGAGAGUGAAAUGUCCCGACGUCUUUGGUGGUGUGUAUACCUCUUGGACAGGCGAUUGGCCAUUGAGACCGGUCGGCCGUUUCUCAUUCAGGAUGUGAAUGUCGAUGUUGGCCUACCGCGAAACAUGAGCGAUGAAGAGCUCAGCAGAUACCACAAACAUUUGCCCGGGUCUGAUGCUGGUGAAGACGCCACCGCAUUCGGAUCUACAACUGUUCCAUAUCUUGUUGCUAUGGUCAACUAUUCGCGAGUCAUUGGGAAGGUCUGGGAGGCGUUGUACGGUGCUGCCACGUCCGACUCCACUCCCAGCCCACUCAUUCAUGAGUAUUUGGAACUGUUGAUCACGCAAUCCCAGAAGGAAAUGCAACCAGAGUUUACUUACGAUCCUUGGCAUGCCCGGACCCGUAAGACUGAAGGGUUGGCUUGGUGGCAGAUCAAGCAGCAAUUGAUCAUGCGGAUUCGAUGGUCAUCCCUCUAUCUUUUGAUCCGAAAGCCAAUGCUCCAGAGGGUAUGGUGCAACCACCAGCCAGCUCCGGAGGUGAUUGAGAACCAGGUGAUUUGCAUGCGUCUGGUCCAAAACAUCCUUCGAGAUUAUAAAGACGUAUCAGAAGAGCAUCCCAAGUACACAUUUCCUUUUUUGCACUAUCUCGCCAACGCCUUGAUCAUUGCACUAGGGCUCAUUAUCAAGCAACCCUCAUUCAAGGAUACUUACCGUGAUUCAACCUUAGAGGCAGCCAGAUCGCUGAAGAGACACUGCCGCAGGACGUGGGUGUCGGGAAAUAUGGCCCGAGCUAUCUGGAAGCUCAAUGAAAUGGCCAGUUUGGUUUUGGAGCCAAAUAAUGCACCACGAGAAAAUACUGACGACGGCACAUCUGGAUUUUCGGCACCACGCUCGGUGUAUACAUCCUGCUCCCGCAGUGGCAAUUCCGAUUCACAUCAGCCUGGAGAUACUGAAGAAGAGCAGCAACUGUCAGUAGCCACACCAAGGCCAGUUGCUCAUCUAAAUGGAGAGGAAACCUCUGAUAAAAGCCAAUUCAACCCAAGAUCAUUCGGCACUCGAAAAUCCAGUCACCAAUCAGAUCGACAUGAGGGCCUAGUGACCACCGACUUUGAUGCUGAAGCGAGAGCUCUGGUCUCCGACACGCCAGGAGGUUGCCACACAAGGAAUAUAUUUCACCAUAAAAUGUCUUCCUGUGACAACAGUGGAGGUCCAUCUCAUGUUAGGCAGUUUGGCGGUGAUCCUGCUGGUACAGAUGGCGCCUAUGGCAUUCCUUUACGUGAAGCACAGAUUGAUCCAUCACAUACACCCACCGUGCGAGAUCGUGGAGAUCUCGCGCCUGACCCUAAUGCCUGGGUGCCAGGUGAAAUGAUAGGUGAGGGCAUGGAGUGGUUGCAGAAUUUGUUCGCAAAGGGGUUGGGCACUGAUCUUCCACCGGUGUGGGAUUAA